AUGUCUGCUACCGAAAGAACCUACAUUAUGAUCAAGCCCGAUGGCGUUCAGCGCAACCUCGUCGGAAAGAUCAUCGCCCGUUUUGAGGAGCGCGGAUACAAGCUUAUCGCGUUAAAAUUCGUUCAACCCACCAAAGAACAUCUUGAAAAGCACUACGCUGAUCUGAGCAGCAAGCCUUUCUUCCCUGGUCUCAUCAAGUACAUGGUUUCGGGACCCGUUGUUGCUAUGGUUUGGCAGGGAAUCGAUGCUGUCAAGACUGGCCGUGCGAUGCUUGGUACUACCAACCCUCUCCAAUCUCCCAUUGGCUCGAUCCGUGGUGACUAUGCCAUCUCUGUUGGCCGUAACAUCUGCCACGGCUCCGACUCGGUUGAAAGUGCGGAGAAGGAGAUUGCUCUCUGGUUCCCUGAGGGUGUGAUCCAAUGGACGAGCGUGCUGGAAUCGUGGAUCAUCGAGAACAACUAG